UCCCCUCGCCUAUCCACGCCCAUCGUCAUUGUUUAUCUGUUUUCAUUUCUGCGACUUUUGUUUUUCCGUUGAAAAUGAGCUCCUGGCGCGAGAGUCUUACCAGCAUUCCGGGCACGGUGGCUCAGCUGAUCAACGAGAGUGCCAGCAACCUGUUGCACGCCUCAUCCUCUCUGGGAUCAACAGUUGGCUUCGGUGGCUCCACAGGAUCCGUUUCCGAGGGCACGGGCUCCGAGGAAAGUGGCCCGAUGAGCGAGUACCGCGCCCUGCCCAUUCCCGCCUCCCUGGUGCGCGAGCAGUGGCGCCUGAUCUUCACCAGCGAUGCGAACAUCCAGGACCUCCAGGCAGCCAUUGCCCACUGCAGGGAUCUCGUCCUGCUGAGCGAGGAGCUAAGUGACGAGCGGCGCUGGCUGGUUCGUCACCUGGUGGACCUACGCUACUCCCUGCAGGAACUGGAGGAGGCCCAGGAGCAGCAGUCCCUGUCCUCCGACAUGGUCGUCAUGAACGCCAUCCGCGCCGUGGUCGGUCAUCACUUUGUGCCCCACCAUCCGCAUCACGGCAAGCGCAGUCGCCUGCAGGCGGCCGCCAAGCGGAACUACUGUGACCACUGCACCGCCAUCAUCUGGAGCGUGGUGCAGUCGUCCUAUGUGUGCAGCGACUGCGGGUUCCUCGUCCACCAGAAGUGCAUCGAUGGGGUCAAGAGGGUAUGCGCCCAUGUCCUCGUCUCCGAGAGGCAGUAUCCCAUCUCGGAGAUCUCUCCGGAAAUUGGACUGGCCGCCCAGGGUUACAAGUGCGCCGAGUGCGGAACGCUCCUUAAUUUGAAAAACACCUGGAUUGAACCACGCCUAUGCGACUACAGUGGCUUGUACUACUGUCCUCGUUGCCACUGGAACGACAGCAACUUUAUACCGGCUCGCAUCAUCCACAACUGGGACUUUUCACCUCGCAGAGUGUCGCGAACGGCGCUCCAGGAGAUUCGCUUGUUCCUGAACAAACCCCUCAUCCGCUUGGAGGAGGACAACCCGAAGCUCUUUGUUUUCGUGGAGAAGCUGUGUGCGGUGAAGAAACUGCGCCAGAACCUGGUGCACAUGCGGCACUAUCUGGCCGCCUGCAGGAUCGCCAGCGAACUGAAGCUGGUGGAUCAGCAACUGGGCGGCAGACGUCACCUGGCACAGUCGAAUGAGUUCUAUUCCCUGACGGAUCUCACGCAGGUGGAGUCCGGGGCACUCACCGAAUUCCUGCAGGCGGUCUUCAAGGCCUUCAACGAGCACAUCCGGUCCUGCCACAUGUGUCUGGCCCAAGCGUACAUCUGUGAGAUUUGCAGCAACAACGAGGUGAUCUUCCCCUUCGACGACGGCUGCAUCAAGUGCGAUCAGUGCAACUCCAUCUUCCACCGCGUUUGCCUGACGCGCAAGAAUAUGAUUUGUCCCAAGUGCAUCCGCAUCCAGGAGCGGCGCCUCCAACUGGAUCGGAUGCGGAGCACGGAAGAUGACCAGGCGGCCACCGAUGAUGAAGUGGCUGCCGCAGAGUAACUGAUCUAAUCAGUGUUAACUUGUUCUGUGCUGGUUUUUAAUAUUAUAUGUACAUAAAAUGUAAUUACAAAGUGUAACUCUACUAUUAAUCAUA